AUGAACAACAAUCCUCCCGCGAAGAAGACCACUUAAUUUCGCAAAAAGAACAAGUUCCCUUAUUCCAUGGAUCAACCUCAUCAUCGACAAACCAAUACAGUUGGUUCCCUAACCUCCCCUGUGGUUCCCCAGCUGGGAGAUGAAAUCUUCCUUGUGGCUCACCCCCAACACCCCAUCUCCCAAACUACCCUGCCUGACCUCUUCACCUGCGCUGCCUGCAAGGAGUAUGGCGCCGGCAUGCGCUUCACUUGCACUGACUGUGACUAUCAGCUGCAUGAUUUCUGCGCCUUUGCGCCUCCAGCUCUUAAGAGACACCCUAUCCAUCCCCUUCACAACAUCAUAUUCUUUCCAAAACCGGUUAAAGGGGGAAUAUUGAAAUCGAGGUGUGAUAUUUGUGCCAAGCCCACCAAAGGAUGCGUUUUCAAAUGCACUGUCUGCAAUUUUCAGAUGCACCCAUGCUGUGCAAAGUUGUCAACAGAAAUCAACAUUUCAGUCCAUCCACACCCUCUAAGGCUCUUGCCCGUGCCAGGCCAGUCUUUGAAUGGGGACACUGCUGGCUUUGUCUGCGGAGAGUGCAAUCGGAGGAGAUCAGGGAGAAUGUACCGUUGCACCAUCUGUGAUUAUCAUCUCCAUGCAGUUUGUGCUAAGAACAUGGUGAAUGGACUUCAAGCCAAUGGCAUCAAAGGCAAGGAUAAGCCAAGCAUGCUUGGGACUGCAAUUAGGCUUACUUCUCAAGUGGUGAUAAAAUUCAUUGGAGGGCUGAUUGAAGGGCUUGGAGAAGGGGUUGGACAGGUCCUGAUUCAAACUGCUGCUAGAGGAAAGUGCUACAUUCAUAGAUCAUGAGCUACAACUGCAUAAAAUGUUCCUCAAGCUAUAAUUAUAUAUAUUAAUUAAUUUAACUUGCUUUGACAGCUAUAUAUAGCUUGAUUUUUUAUGUGUCUUGCUUCUAUGAUCUAUAUAUGUUCAAUAUUUCUAAUUCUGAUUGAUUGUGUCAAGAAUUAUUACAAUUAAAUGCCAGUAUGGUCUUCUGUAAAUUACU